CAUAAGCCGCUCUCCAACUUUAGCCACUGCCAUUCCAUGUCAACUGACAACGAAUGUCCUCUACGACUGGGGAGAGUAUUCCUGUGGGCACUGGACAUAUCACCUGUGAUUUACAUUCAUCAACUGUCGUCUUUUCGAAGCUCUCGUCUUCAUAUCCGCUCAAGCUCUUAUCGCCCAGAGUUGCAGAACAUGGGGUUGCUAUAGUGUAUGUGAUGAGCUACGGUGGUGGUCUGGUUGGCGGUGACUGCAUGCAACUUGUUGUUGAAGUAGGAAAAGAAUGCAAACUCUUACUACUCUCACAGGGAUCCACCAAAGUCUUCAAAACGCGUGCUGGAAACAGAGCAUCCACGCGUUUUCGAACAUCUUCCCAACCGACUCCAAGUAGUCUGAGUCUGCAAGCGGUCACAACUCAAUCUAUGGAAGUUACCAUAGCUCCAGACAGCGCACUCUUCCUCCUACCCGACCCCGUGACGUGCUUCCGCUCUGCAUCCUAUACCCAAGCGCAAACAUUCCAUCUUGCCGGGAGUGCGUCAAUUGUAUUGCUAGACUGGGUUACCUCGGGCCGCAAGUCUAUGGACGAGGAGUGGGAUUUCCUCCGGUAUUACAGCGUUAAUGAAGUCUUCGUAGAAGGCCGCCGCGUCGCACGGGACGUUUUACUGCUAGAUAACUCGUCCUACGAUACCCAAACUGCGUCCGAAUCCUGCUUAUCGAAUCCUACUACCCGCCCACCACCUCGGACGCUCAAAAAUAGGCUUGCACCCUAUUCAUGCUAUGCCAUGCUUCUUCUUUACGGACCCCAGACGCAUGGUGUCGUGACUGACUUGCAGGCAAAGUAUCGCACUAUUUCUAUUUUCAAGCGUGCUACCCCGGAGAGGUUCCUUUGGUCCCUGACUCCCGUGGAUGAUGGCAAAGGCACGGUUGUAAGAGCUGCUGGGGUUGAUACAGAGGACGUGAAGAAUUGGUUCAAGGAGGUACUUAGGGGGCUGGAAGCUGUUGUUGGGAUUAAUGAAUAUCGCAAAGCGUUCCUUUGAUGCCGCACAAGAUGCUGUAGUCGGAAUCCGACAGCCUGAGAAGGAUAUUCAAGUGCAUGUAUGCUCACAUUCAGGAUUACCCAUGACCAUGAUAGCUGCCGGUUCCGAGCGCACUGUUAUGCGAUAA